AUGUCCCUACUUGACCCCCGCCUCCCCUCCAACUCGAGACUAGUCCUCUGCCACGCUCACUCUGCCUGGGCCAAAUACAGCGGUGACGUGAGCGGUGUCUACGACAAGGCGGAGAACACUUUCACCAGCACAAGAUUGCUCGAACACACUUUGCUAAAAGACGUGGGAACCGAAAGAGCGAUAGCAAACGCAACCAUCACGCUGUUCAGAGAGCGCACACAGCUUUGGACGUUGGUGGAGAAUGAGGGCCGAUAUCUGCGAGUAGAUAUGGAAUUUGCUGGGUCUCCGGCCCGUUCUGCAAGGGUUUGUGGCAAGAUGGUGACGGGCGACGAUGUUUUGGGAGCUGUGCAGUUGAGCAGAGAGGAGGAAUUGAGGCUUGGUAUUGGGGGGAGAAGUGGACUUGGCAAUCGGAUUGACAUGAGCGGCGCUAUCAUUCUCGACGUUCCUCAAUUUAGGACGUAG